GCGAUCAGAGCCAAGUACCAGGUGAAAAAGAACUGGAUGGGGGAUCCUUGUGUGCCGAGAAAAUUUGCGUGGGAUGGAUUGGGUUGCAGCUAUGUUGUCUCCAGCACACCAACUGUCACAGGCUUGAACCUAUCUUCUAUGGGUCUGAGUGGCAACAUCUCGUCUUCUUUUGGGGAUCUCAGAGGAUUAGAGUACCUGGAUUUGUCACGCAAUAAUCUGACGGGCUCCAUUCCUGACAGUCUUUCACAAUCUCCGUCGCUUGCACUUCUUGAUUUGACAGGAAACCGGCUUACAGGAGAAAUCCCUUCCAGGCUCCUGAAAAGAAGUCAAGAUGGCUUCCUAACUCUCAGAUAUGGUAACAAUCCGGACCUCUGCAGCAAUGGCAAUCCCUGUGUGCCUCCGAAGAGGAAGAGCAAUUCUAUGGUUCCCGUAUAUGUUGCCAUUCCAAUAGUUGCAAUACUGGUGAUUUUGUUGUUUUCAGUGCUGCUCAUUUGCAUGCGAAGGAGAAGGCAAGGAAGAACAAGCAACAGUGUUAAGCCUCAGAACGAGACACGCUUUAUCCCAUCGCACUCUCAGAACAGAAACAAUGGCAGCUCAUUACGACUUGACGAUCGUCGGUUCACGUACGAGGAACUGGAGGCCAUAACAAACAACUUCCAGCGAGUGAUCGGCCAAGGAGGGUUUGGAAAAGUCUAUGAUGGAUUCUUGGAGGAUGGCACCCAGGUGGCUGUCAAGCUUCGGUCUGAGUCAUCUGCUCAAGGUGUACAAGAGUUCCUCGUCGAGGCUCAGACCUUAGCUAAGAUUCAUCACAAACAUCUUGUAACCAUGGUUGGAUACUGCAACGACAAAGAACACAUGGCCCUUGUGUACGAGUACAUGUCUGAAGGAGCUCUACAUGAACAUCUUAGAGGUAAAACUUUAACCUGGGGACAGAGACUUUGUAUUGCCUUGGAAUCUGCACAAGGGCUUGAGUAUCUACACAAGGGGUGCAAUCCACCCCUCAUUCAUAGGGAUGUGAAGACAUCCAACAUUUUGCUGAAUGCCAACCUUGAGGCCAAGAUUGCCGAUUUUGGCCUACUCAAGGCUUUCAAUAGUGAUUGUGAUACCCAUGUGUCCACAGCCAGGUUGGUCGGCACGCGUGGUUACCUUGCCCUUGAGUAUGUAGCAACAUUGCAGCUGACUAAUAAGAGCGACGUAUAUAGUUUCGGAGUAGUGCCGUUGGAAAUAGUCACGGGCCGCCCUCACAUCUUGAACGAUCCAGAACCUAUAAGCAUCACCGAGUGGGCGCAGCAAUGCCUUUCCCAGGGCAACAUAGAGGGCGUAUUUGACGCGCGCAUGCGGGGAGAGCACGACAUCAAUGGUGUCUGGAAAGCAGCGGGCAUUGCUCUUAAGUGCACUGCGCAAACACCAGCGCAACGGCCCACAAUGACCGAGGUAGUGGCGCAGCUGAAAGAGUGUCUCGACCUUGAGACUAUGCGCUGCAGGGGUGGCAGCGCGAAUGCCAUGUUCUACACAGCGGGGAGCAGCGACCCAGUCUCAAGUUAUGAUGGUUACACCACUAACCAGUCCGCUGGUGUGAGUCGUAUCAAUGUUGUAGACAUGGAUCAUUUAGGCAGGGUCCCAACCAUGACUACUGGUCCAGUUGCAAGCUCCAACAUUCCGGCGGUGCCGCCUGAUAGUUGCCGCCCUACUUUCCUGCCAUGGUGUGGCCACCGCCGCAUUGCCCAAACGGGAACUGCAGAUGCAGACCUCCAGUCUGUCGCGCCGGAGAGUGACGGAGGAGACCACGCAGUCCACGAGCCCACCGGCAGGCUGAAUCUCUCCCUCUAUUGA